AUGUCCGGAGAAGAGAGUCAAUUCAACGUCCAGGGCUAUAAUAUUGUGACCAUUCUCAAGAGGUUGGAAGCAGCCACUUCUCGUCUCGAGGAUAUUACUGUGUUCCAAGAAGAAGCCAACAAACAAAAGACUGGCGUUGAAGCACUGGCAAACACUGCCGCACGUGCUCAACAUAACGACAGUGCCAAUGAAACAUUGGUUACUGUUUCAUCAGCAUCAAGUGUUUCUCCAGGAGGCAGCACGUCUCAAUCAAAGAAAGUCGUCACACCCGAGAAGAAGAAGUCAAUUCUCGCGUUUGAGCGAUUAAUUCACGAAUUUGUUGUUCCAUUUGUCAAUGCAUCAAACCAGAUUGACUCUGUUGUUGGUGAAUCCGCUAAGUUGUUUGCAGAUACUUUUGUUGAUCAAACCAAAUUUUUGGAAAUUGUGUCGGAAUCAAAAAAGCCUGAUAUGACAGAUCCACUUUUGGGUCAAGUGUUGGGUCCAACGAAUGAGAAGAUUUCAAAAAUUAAUAGCUUGAAAGAUGCAAACAGAAAGUCUUCUUACUUCAACCAUUUGAAUAGUUUGAGUGAAAGUGGAGCUGUAUUUUUCUGGAUUGGGGUUGAUACCCCUGUGUCGUAUAUUUCUGACAUCAAGGAUAGUGCAAAAUUCUGGUCCGACAGAGUAUUAAAGGAGUACAAAGAUAAAGACAAGGUCAAUGUUGAGUGGGUUAACCAGCUUACAAACAUCUUUGAUGAAUUGAAGUCGUAUGUGAAGGAGUACCACACAAAAGGUCCAGCAUGGAACCCCAAUGGAAAAUCAUUUGCACAAGCAGUGGAAGAGUUUAACUCGUCAGCAGAAAGUGGCUCCACAACAGCACAACAAGAGAAAAGUGCCAAUGCGUCUGGUCCACCAGCACCACCUCCACCGCCACCAGCUUCAUUCUUUGAAGAUGCAUCUGCUUCGUCUUCUUCUUCCAAUACUGCUGGCUCCUCAACAGGCGGUAUGAAUGCUGUAUUUGCUCAAUUAAAUCAAGGUGCUGACGUUACUUCUGGGUUGAAGAAAGUGGACAAGUCUGAAAUGACCCAUAAAAAUCCAGAAUUAAGAAAGCAGCCACCAGUUGCCCCAAAAAAACCAAAGAAUUUAGCAGGACACUCUACGUCAUCUCAUGUUGUGCCAACAACGACUCCUAAAAAGACACCAAAGAAGGAGUUGGUUGAUGGUAGUAAGUGGAUUAUCCAGAAUUUCACACAAGCUGAUGCACAAUCACCCAUUGUCAUUGAAACUGAAAACUCUCAAUCAGUAUUUAUUGGAAAUUGCAGUGACGUCACCAUUCAAUUGAAAGGUAAAGCCAAUGCGGUUACAAUUUCCGAAACAAAGAAGGUUGGUGUUGUCAUUGAUUCUUUAAUUUCAGGUGUUGAGGUCAUCAAGUCGUACAAGUAUGGAUUACAAGUGGUUGGGUUGGUACCAAUGAUUAGCAUUGAUCAAUCUGAUGAAGGAUCCAUUUACUUGUCAACAGAGAGUAUUGACAAUGAUUGUCAAAUUUACACUAGUAAAACCACAGCUUUGAAUGUGAAUGUGCCAGAAGUCAACAACGAUUUCAAAGAGUUGGCUGUACCAGAACAAAUUGUAUCUACAGUGAAGAAUGGUGUCUUAUCCAGUUCCAUAGUGGAACAUGCUGGAUAG